UUUGCAUUCCAUUCCCAGCAAUGGAAGAACAAAGGAAGCUCCACAUUGUUAUGGUGCCGUGGCUAGCUUUUGGACACAUGAUCCCCUAUCUAGAGCUGGCCAAGUGCUUAGCUCAAAUGGGCCACCGUGUCUCCUUCCUCUCCACCCCCAGGAACAUCGACAGACUGCCAAGUAUCCCUCAUGAUCUACGUCCCCGUAUAAAUUUAGUGAAGCUUACCCCACCUCCUGUCGUUGGCCUACCUGAGGAUGCUCAAUCCACCGUCGAUGUCCCACUCGAUCACAUUAACUACUUACUUGAGCUGUUGGAUGGACUGGAGGGACCCUUAUCGUCGUUCCUCGAUGGCGAUUCAUCGCCCGAUUGGAUGAUCUACGACGUGUUCUUUUACUGGGCCCCACGUGUCGCGGCUAGGUAUGGAAUACCCACCGUCUUCUUUGGACCGUUCAGCGCUAUGACCCUCUCCAUCAUGGGGCCACCAUCGCUGAUGAUGGAUUCUCAGCCAACGACGCCCGAGCAAUUACUCGUGCCACCUCCGUGGGUCCCGUUCCCUACCAAUGUGACUUACCGAUACUAUGAGGCCGUACGAAUCGCGAAUGGCAGAAGUAGGCGUGCAUCGGGUUCGGGUCUGACCGCUAGACACAGGACGGGGAUCACGUUCCAAGGAUGCCAUGUCGUGGCUAUACGGAGCUGCCUGGAAUUCGAACCUGAGUGGAUCCCACUCCUUGGAGAGCUAUACGAGAAGCCCGUUUUCCCGGUGGGUUUGCUUUCACCGUCCAUACCUGAAAUCGACGACAUGGGACAUGACACGUGGGUGAAUCAGGAGUGGCUUGACACUCAAAAGCAUGAAUCUACCGUUUAUGUUGCAUUUGGGAGCGAGUUGCGAUUCAGUAAAGAACAAAUGCAUGAGUUAGCAAUCGGGUUAGAGCUAUCCGAAUUGCCCUUCUUUUGGGCAUAUAGGGGGGACCCAUCUCUACUCCCACCGGGUUUCGAGGAGCGGACCAAGGCCCGUGGAAUCGUCCGCUUGGGCUGGGCCCCACAGGCUAGGUUACUGGCACACACGUCGAUCGGGUGUUUCCUGGUGCACGGUGGAUGGGGUUCGUCCAUCGAGGGUCUUGCUUUUGGCAAGCCGCUCGUCAUGUUGCCCUUUAUAGGUGAUCAAGGGCUUAUCACGUGUGUAAUGAAAGAAAAGAAGGUUGGAGUUGAGGUGGCCAGGAACGAUAGGGACGGAUCUUUCACACGAGAGGCAGUCACUGAGUCUUUGAAGCUGAUGAUGGGGGAUGAAGGUGGGCCAAUCAGAUCCAACGCUAAGGAGUUGAUGAAGAUCUUUGCUGACAAGGAACGACACGAUCAGUACAUCAAGGACUUCGCGGAUUACCUCAUCGAGCAUAGACGCCGAGACGGCGUCCCAACUCCCUCGGCUUAAUGUCAAGCUAGAUGUGGUACUAUGUCUCUAUCUAUGACCUAUCGAUUGAUGCAUAUGAAUAAGGCCCACUUGCUCCAUGAUCAGACGGCGUUGGGUAAUCCACAGUCGGACGGUGUUGGAUGAUGGGUGCAAAUCAUUUACUACUUGUGUUUGGAUGUUCUAAUU